CACUUCACGAGGUUGCACCGCUGUCACAUUGCGGGUCAAGCUGAAUGAUUCUGGAAUGUCCAGUUUUACUAAAUCUGCUCAGCAAUGGGCCUCCUUUGCCAGAUCUUGGUUUUUGAUAGACGCCAGACUGCAGCCACCCGGAAAGAUUGCGUCCAUGUGUUCAGUUAGACUGCAAGGGAAACACAAACCUAUAUACCAUGCACUAAGUGACUGUGGGGACCAUGUAGUCAUCUUUAACACCAGGCACAUUGCGUUCUCUGGGAACAAAUGGGAGCAGAAGGUGUACUCCUCCCACACAGGGUACCCAGGUGGAUUCAAGCAAGUUACAGCAGCCCAGCUUCACCAUAAGGACCCCAUAGCGAUCAUCAAACUGGCUGUCUACGGGAUGCUCCCCAAAAACCUCCACAGGAGGACAAUGAUGCAGAGGUUGCACCUCUUCCCAGAUGAUGUGAUUCCAGAAGACAUCUUGCACAACCUGACCGAAGAGCUCCCUCAGCCCAGAGUUAUUCCCAAGAAGCUGAACGAGUACAGCCAGGAGGAGAUCGACGCCUUCCCCGUGUUAUGGACUCCGCCAAAGGACUACAGGAUGAAGUGACCAGCCAAACUGACCUUGUGACCCUCUGCCUCCUGCACCCCCUCGCAGUACACUAGCUUCUUCCUCAUCAAAUUCUCCUUUUCCAUGGCAGGACCGGACUAUUUUCACAAGACCAUUUCCAUGCUGUUUAAAUAUCAAAAAAUAAACCACCCAUUUUUUUUGCAA